UAGUAGAGACUAGUGUGUCGUACGCGAACCAAGCCGUUUUAUUAUUAUCAUUAUAUUAUUAUAACAUUGUUGUUACGUCCGCGUGUGUGCUUUCGGUUAAUAAUUUCGCGUGUGUCUAAAUGUCUAAAUCUUUACGAGUAUUAUCGUUAUUAUUUUUAUCAUAGCUUCCCGUCAGUUUUCGAUUUUAUUUUAAACUUCCCUCUCUUUCUACGUGUUGUCUCGGCGGCAUUUCAAAAAACCUUGGCAGUUAUAGUUUGGUUUUUUGUGUCGUGCUAUUGUCGCGCAUGCGGACUUGUAUUUUGUUUUUUUUUUUAUCCGCCUCUUUUUAUCAACCUAUUGCAUUGCAUUAUUAAUGUAUUGAAGUUUCAUCCGACUUAUUAUCGAUUACUCGUUUUCAGUGAUUUCUUUUUGACAUCGUGUUCUGUUUUAUUAUGGACAACGUGGUCUCAUAAUAACUAAUUAUGUCUAUUACAUGAUGUCGAUUAUCCCAUAUUUACGUAUCUGUAGUGAAAACACACCUGAUCUAAAUAAUAAUGAAACAUUUAUUCAAAUGUCUGACACUUUUUAAAUGACGUACGUGCUGGUGGUGUUUUUCGAAUUUCGUUUUCAUUAAUAUUAAACUUCUGUCAAUCAUUUCUAUAAUUUUUCGAUAAAACAUCUUCACGCGUAAUCAAUUAUAUUUAAUACACUUUCUAAAACAACAUUAUAUAUAUUUAUUUUUCUUAGAAGAAAAAACUAGGAGAGGUCUGAACGAAAAGCGAUUUAUUUAUACCUUAUCGUUGUCAGCUGUAUAGGAAAAGCGUGAAAUUCUAAAUUUCACAUUGUGUAAGGUCGAACCAUACGAACGCGCCAUGACAGUGAGCUGUAGUUCUAGUCGGUUCUAAAGUAAAAGCGUUUCGAAUUAUACACUAUAUACCCCACACUCCGCAGAAUAUAUUUUAAAAUUAUUACGGUACAGUAAACGAUCAUCGCGAGUUAUUAUAUUUUAAUUUUAUGUUCAUUUAAGUUCGUUUUAAAGUGAGGCAUUUCAUAUGACAAAAUGGUGUUAGUAGAACAAUAUUCACCAAUGACGAUAUUAUACGAUCCAACAAUCCGAAAAGAUUCUGCAACCAAUGGUGUUGCAUCUCCACAAUUUGCCACUGAACAAGAGUUGUGUCUUAUGUACUUUGAUAAAUGGAGCGAACAGCAUCAAAUCGACUUUGUCGAACACCUAUUGUCUCGGAUGUGUCACUACCAACAUGGACACAUCGACACAUAUUUAAAACCCAUGUUACAGAGAGAUUUCAUAUCACUCUUACCCAAAAAAGGCCUAGAUCAUGUGGCCGAAAAUAUUUUAUCCUAUCUUGAUGCUGAGUCUUUAUAUGCUGCAGAAUUGGUGUGUAAAGAAUGGUAUAGGGUAAUAUCAGAAGGUAUGUUAUGGAAAAAGCUAAUUGAACGUAAAGUACGUACCGAUUCAUUAUGGCGAGGUCUUGCUGAACGAAGAGGGUGGAUUCAAUACUUGUUCAAGCCAAAGCCAGGCGAACAUCACCCAGACCAUUUCUCCUAUAGGGCUCUGUUUCCUAAAAUAAUACAAGAUAUAGAAAGUAUAGAAUCAAAUUGGCGAACUGGCCAUUUUCUAUUACAAAGGAUAAAUUGCCGUUCAGAAAACUCCAAAGGUGUAUAUUGUUUACAGUAUGAUGACAAUAAAAUUGUCUCAGGUUUACGUGAUAAUACCAUAAAAAUAUGGGAUAGAAAUACAUUAGAAUGUGUUCAGGUAUUAACUGGCCAUACCGGGUCAGUUUUAUGUUUACAAUAUGACGACAAAGUGAUUGUGAGUGGUUCCAGUGAUAGUACAGUUCGAGUAUGGAAUGUUGUUAACGGUGAAAUGGUCAACACUCUAAUACACCAUUGUGAAGCAGUAUUACAUUUAAGGUUUAGCAACAAUAUGAUGGUCACUUGUUCAAAAGAUCGAUCAAUUGCUGUAUGGGAUAUGGUGUCACCUAGUGAAAUGACUUUACGUCGUGUCUUAGUUGGACACCGAGCUGCAGUAAAUGUGGUUGAUUUUGAUGACAAGUAUAUUGUAUCAGCUUCCGGAGAUCGUACUAUUAAAGUAUGGAACACAUCAAGCUGUGAGUUUGUACGAACUCUUAAUGGUCACAAACGUGGUAUUGCCUGUCUUCAAUAUAGAGACCGAUUAGUUGUUAGUGGAAGUUCUGAUAACACCAUUAGGUUAUGGGACAUAGAAUAUGGUGCAUGUUUGAGAGUACUUGAAGGGCACGAAGAACUUGUACGGUGUAUUAGGUUUGAUAGUAAAAGAAUUGUUAGUGGAGCAUAUGAUGGGAAAAUCAAAGUAUGGAAUUUAGUAGCAGCUUUAGAUCCCAGAGCUCCAGCAUCAACUCUAUGUCUCCGUACACUUAUGGAGCACUCUGGACGAGUAUUUCGACUCCAGUUUGAUGAGUUUCAAAUAGUCAGUUCUUCACAUGAUGAUACAAUACUAAUUUGGGACUUCCUCAACUAUAAUGAUACAAAUAACUCUGCAGCGGGUCCAUCAAAUAGUGUUGGCAUGCAUGGUGCUACAUCUCAUGCUAACGACACUCUUCCUCCUUUACCACCAGGUUUUGAGUGAUCCAAUGGGCUAGUCAUCCAUAACUAACCAGAUUAUGUUCGUGUACAAAUAAUACAGAACUCAUCUUAAAAUAUUGAUGAAAGAUGGUAAAAUAAUAUAUCACAUCUUGUUCUCAUUUUGAUUAUUUAUACAUACUCAUUUAUAUGAUAACAGUAUAUAUAUAUGUAUGUAUGUAUGUAUAAUAUAAUGAAAACUACAGAAACGCCCAAAAUAACUGUGCCAAUGUUCAGAUGUUCUCUGUCACACCUAUACAUGGGUUAUGUGAUGUUUUUCAUUUUAAAUAUGUACACUAUAUAUUUAUAUACAUCUUUCUUUCUCUCUCUUUUUUUUUUAGAAGCGCU